GCUCAGCGGCUCGCCGUAGAUUUGGCGGGUACUGCAAAACGUAAACAGAGGAAGCUGGAAGAUGGAGCAAAGCGAAGUAGCAACACAAAAGGAGACUGAAGGUAACGUUUGUGUUCAAGACUCCACUGAAAACCAGACGAAUGAAGCUACAGGCGAAGCUUCAUCCCAGGUGUCAAACCCCGGAACAGUAAGUAAGCCGCCCGAGGAGACGGAAGCGCGAUAUAACAGGCUGAAGUUGUUCAACAAAGUGAUGCAGAAGAGUCUGGAAAAGGUCAUCGAACAUGCCAGUUUUAACAGAUUCACCAGCACAUUUCGUCCACUGUACAAGAAGAACCCUCAGAGGAUGGAGAGCAUUCACAAGCAGUUCAUCGAGGAGUUGCGGAGGACCAUACAGGAGGACAUCAGCAGAUUGAUUGAAGAGGGCCAGUUGGAGUUCAAACUGAAUGAGUUGGACAAACUGGAGUGUGCUGCUAAGAACAAUCCAAACCCUGCAUGGCGGCCGAGUGGAGAUCCUGAGCAGGACUUCAGCAGCUUUUUGAUGCCGUACUAUAAAAAGCAGGAGGCCUACAUGCAGCUGGAGCUGAAGAAGAUUCAAGCAGAGAAUGCUGCCUUAGCACAGAAAGUUCAGGCUGGUAGAGAGAAUAUUGCCCAGACUGAACAUCAUAUUUCUACAGCUGUUGAUGAGUGGAAGGCAUCGGUCACAGAGUUUGAAAGGCUGGCAUCUUCUCUCUGCCCUGCUGAUGUCUUUGAUGUGUGAUCUUCAAAUUGUAUGACCUGCAAAUGCAUCAGCUAACUUCACUGUACAUAUUGAUUUCCUUCACUGUGCCUGUUUGUCUGACAAUAAACUUAAAAU